GCAUUUCCUCUUGAGUUUCCUGUUUUCUUGUUUAUUUUUAUUGUGGUUUUUAGAAAUUGAUUGCUAAGUAAAGGUGUAUUCCUUAGAUGAAAUCGGGUUGUGUGAUGGCAAAAUGCAUGAACUGUUUGCUGAAGUGCUCACUCGUAAAGAUCUGUCGAAGGCAGGGGACUUGUUCUCUCUCGAAGACGUCGCUAUAGAGAAGGAUCUAUCAGACGUGGUCGAGAAAAUCUGCCAGAUUGUCGACACUGCAGACUACGAGAUAAACGACAAUGACCAAAGUGUGGUGGAGAUUUGUAUCACUAGGUUAACCACCGCUAUCAGGGAGACGAACAGUGUUGAGAAACAUGCAUCGGCGCUUGUUGGAUUACUGGAGGUUUGUCAGAGACACAAUCUUACCCAGUCGAAGAAAGAUGAGGAUCCACCCCAUGUCAAGAUCGCCUCCGACAUCAUGAGUUGUCUUUUCAUGUACUACAACAAGGGGGAGGUAAUGAAGUUGGCCAUUCCCGCUGCAGUGAAGUUUCUCAACAGUGAUAACGCGGACCUCAGCCGCAACGUCUCCAGCUACCUCUCACUUGCCGCCAUCGACAACGCAGACUUUCUCGUCAUACAUAUCCCACUACUUGUUACAAGUAUACUCAAAGGCAACUACCUGCUGAGCCAGGUGAUGCCACAGAUCUAUGUACAGAACACGGACCCUGUCGACAGCGAGGUUGACAACUUCGUCAGUCUGCUCACCAAGUGUGACGUCACCGAGAGGAUCUGCUUCAUACAGCUCUUGGGGUGUGUCGCCAAGAGAAAACCAACAAUUCUUGAACCUCACAUUCCAGUGUUAUCUCAGUAUUUACAAAGCUCCAUGUUUGGACCUCUUGUUCUGUCGAUCUUUGUCAACAUGGCGACGGCCAAUCCAGCAGCGUUUGUUGACCACCUGGACCCAAUCAAGAAAACCGUGGAAACACAGCCCAUGUUGAUGCCAUUGGUGGCUCAGAUAGUUGGUGCUGUCGGAACAGUCAACAAGACUGAAGCUAAGAAUUCCAUGGACUAUCUGGUGUCUCAGCUGAGCUGCAAAGAGCAGACAACUCUGCCGUUGAUUCUCAGUGAGAUUCGUGCCCUUGGUUUGACGAACAACGUUUUGCUGCUGGAGAGAUUCGAGGAGAUCAUCAAACUGUCGAGUAGCGGGUCGAGUGCCGUGCGCCUCAUCAUCCAACAGAUCAAAGAAGACCUCCACAAAUAUGCCGGGGACCGAGAGAUGAAAUCUGUGUCGAGCCAGACAGAGGGAACGAUCACCGUGAUCACCGUCGGCAACCCACCGAACGCCACCCAUCCCAGUGGGACUGUGUCCGUGAAGACAACCAUGUUGCCAUCUGCUGGCACUUCCAGUCAGCAGAGUCUGUCGAAAUCGUCAAGAGCUAGUAGUCUGACAGCGGGUCUACCGUCAGACCGAGCCAGCAGUCCCGCCUCUACGUUGGUGUCGGAGAAACUGUCGGUAAACAGCGGGUUUGCUCACCUCGGCAGUACACACUUGCAUGAACCAAUCAGAGAUGGUGUGCAGCACUUCUAUGAGAGACAUCUAUCCAGUGUAAAAGACUACAUUGCUAGUCUGAACAUCCGACUGCCAUUACCUGCAAAAUGCUGUGUUGUCAACGGCCGACACAAGAACUUCAUGCGACUGUUCUUCCAGUGCAGUUGUCAGACCGACGCUUGUCUCUACAGCAGCAGCUACUUCACCGUUAACACCAAACUGCCCAAAACCUGGAUCUAUCUCAUGUUUCUCUCCGUGCAGGCUCAGUCCACCUGUGCCCUGAGUCAGCAGGAUUCCAAUGUCAGUUGUCUAAAGGCAUGCUGGGAUGCGUUGCAUUAUGACCGUGGAAAUAGCAGCUUUCUUACCCUUGUCACGUCACUCUUCCCAACAGCAAAGGACCAAGAUACAAUGCUCCAAGAACUUCAUUCCGUGAGAUACUUUGAUAUCUUUGAAUUCAGUGCUACACAGAAAAGCUGGGUGUGUUUUGUGUGUAAUCACCCGGAGAAACUCUCACCUCUUCUACAGGAUGGACUGCCAAACAUUGCAGGUCAACUGAAGGAGAAGAAAGGCAAGUGGAAGUUUCUCAAACGCUGGAAGACGCGAUACUUCACUCUGUCGGGCGGUUCCAUCACGUACAGCAAGAGUAACCUGUUCAAAGAGAUGUUACCAGUGAGUCAGAUUCAGAGUAUAAAAGCUGUCAAGAAGGGAAUCCGAGACAUUCCAAAAGCGUUUGAGAUCUUCACAGCCGACCAGACGUACGUGUUUAAGGCCAAGAGUAACCAGAACGUUGAGCAGUGGGUCCAGUGUCUACACAUCGCCGUGGCGCGCUCCAAGAACGGGAACGACGCUGCCGCGAAACCCAGCACCGUGGUUCUAAACAGACCGCGGUCUGCCAUCAUGAGUGACACGAAACUGUGAUCAGUACUGGUGGUUUACACAGAUGGGGUGGCAGUGAUACGGAAUUAAUUAUUACUCGUGUGGUUAAAAAUAUCUUGGGAAAUGUCAAAGUGAUACGUCCUGCUAGAACGUAAAGUGGGAUGUAACACCUCGAAGGAAAUGUUUUAUUUAACGACGCACUCAACACAUUUUAUUUAUGGUUA